AUCAAUCUGGAUCCCAAGUCCAGGUGCUUCCAAUAAAAAUCCACAGAAUGCCACGAAAAUAACCUCUUAUUACGCCCAUGGUGAUGGAACAUGUGUUUCUUUCGAUAACGAUCAAAAUGAAUGUUCCAAAAUUCUUAAUCCCUGCAAUUUUGGUCCUCUUGAUUUCAUGUCUACCUGCAAUUCUUGCCCAGCAGCCGUACGUCAGAAAAGCCGGGACGGAGUGCGGAGUCCGGGACAAUUCCACCACCGUCCUCGGCUACUCCUGCAACGGCCUCCGCCGCCGCUGCCAGGCUUACGUCACUUUCCGGGCAAAUCCGCCGUACGCCUCCGUCGCCGACAUCGCCACUCUCCUGUCCGUUAACUCCACCGAACUUUCCCAACUCAACGGCGUCCGUGCAAAUCACGUGUUCCAGACAAACCAGAUCGUCCUCGUGCCCGUCACGUGCUCCUGCUCUGGCGACCACUACCAGGCCAACGUGUCGUACGUCGUCCGGCCGGAGGAAACCUUCUGGAUCAUCGCGAACAACACCUUCCAGGGACUGUCCACGUGUCAGGCGAUCGAAGUUCAGAACAAUAUCCCCGCCGUCGAUUUGCCCGCCGGAGCACGAAUCACGGUCCCUCUCCGAUGCGCCUGUCCGACGAGGAACCAGACCGCCGCCGGCGUUAAUUAUUUGCUGUCUUACCUCCUCACCUGGAAUCAAUUCGUCUACUCCGUCAGUGUCCAGUUCGGAGUCGACACAGAUUCGACCCUCGCCGCCAAUAAAUUGUCGGAAACCGAUUCAACAGUAUAUCCAUUCACAACCCUCCUAAUUCCCCUCCAGAACCCUCCGACAGCCACUCAAUCGGCAGCUUCGCCUCCGCCGCCGCCCCCCUCCGGCAGCCUGUCUCCGCCGCCUGCCCCUUCCCCCGGCGGCAGUUCGAGCAAAACAUGGGUCUACGCCGUCGUCGGCGCCGUCGGCGGGAUUCUUCUCACAUCCGCCGCCGGCGGAUUAAUCUUCUGCCUAUUCUUCCGGCGACGGCGGCGGACGCCGCCGAAACCCGAUCCCACGUCGUCCGAGAGCUUCGAAUCCGUCGAAAAACCGCUCACCGUCGCCGCCGGGGAAGACUCAGUGGAUUUCAUGGAAAGCCUGUCGAGCAUAGCCCAAUCACUAAAAAUCUACCCUUACAAAGAACUGAGAUCAGCGACACAAGAUUUCAAUCCCAGCUGUUGGAUCAAGGGAUCCGUCUACCGCGGCACGAUCAACGGUGAUCACGCUGCAAUCAAGAAAGUGAACGGCGACGUGUCGAAAGAGAUCGCCCUGUUAAACAAGAUCAACCAUUUCAACCUCAUCCGCCUCUCUGGCGUCUCGUUCAACGACGGCGAUUGGUACCUUGUCUACGAGUACGCUUCCAACGGCCCUUUGAGUGAUUGGAUUCAUCAAAAUAGCGAAGAUAGGAUCAUCCUGAAUUGGGACCAGCGGCUCCAGAUCGCGCUGGACAUCGCCGCUGGUCUUAAUUACCUCCACCGAUACACGUCGCCGCCGCACGUCCACAAGGACUUAAACAGCACCAAUGUCCUCCUUGACCAUAAUCUCCGGGCAAAGAUCGUGAAUUUCCGGCUGGCGAGAUCGGCCGACGGGCAGGACAGCCAAUUCGCUCUUACAAGGCACAUUGUCGGGACAAAAGGAUACAUGGCUCCCGAGUACUUGGCGAACGGGGUUGUCUCGACAAAGCUCGAUGUGUAUUCAUUCGGCAUUCUUCUAAUGGAAAUUCUCACCGGAAAGGAUGUCUCCUACUUCUCCGAUGAAGCGAAUGCGACUCAAUUUUCCGACAUAUUGUCGCAGGUGAUGCAAGAGAGCAAUUGGCAAGAAAAUCUCAAGAAUUUAAUGGAUUCUUCUCUUGAAGGAAAAUAUCCUCCUGACAUUGCCCGGAUUAUGUUCAAAUUAAUCGAUAGUUGUCGAAAGAAAGAUCCCUCCGAUCGUCCUACAAUGGACGACAUUUUCCAGGCCCUGUCGAGGCUUCAAACUUCAACCCCGACAGGGGAUUGGACAGUCAGCAUCAACGAGCAACGGACAGCGCCUAGGUAGAUAGGUUGUAGGGGCUGGUAGUUGACUAUAAGUUUUUUGUCACCGUCAUGUCCGCGUGUAAUGUAACUGCCAUUGUUGACCAAAAUCCUAUUGGACAAGUAAUCUUGAUUUUCAAAAAGGCCGGCAGUGCUGCUGCAACAUUUUCAU